AUGGAUGAAUUAGUAGACAUUGAUGGACUGCUUCGGCACCCGGAAUCUUUUCAGUAUGAUGAGGCUCAGCCAAAUGGAAAUUUAAAGCUUUAUUACGCUUCUGAAAAACUUUUACCUUUAACAUCAGUAGAUAUAGCUGAAGAUACUUUCGACCGGGCUCACCCGCUUCUUCAAGAUUUCAUCUCACAUAAAAACAUGAAGAGAUGUUUUGGUUUCGUCGACCUUCACAAAUCAGUUAAAGCUGACUAA